GCCCCCGCCCGCCGCCGAGGCUCCAGAUGGCGGCUCCUUGCGCUCGGCUUGCAGCCCCCAGACGCCGCCCGGCAGCAGCCGGCGGUCGCUCCCUCCCUCCCAGCUGCUGCGGCAAGACCGGGGCCGUUUCGCGAGGCGGGCGGGCUCCUCGGCAGGCUCGGAUUGCGGUGCGGGCGCAGCCGCCGAGAGGCCCGCAGGAGCUGCGCUCGCGGGGAAGGAGCCCCGCAGUCCGCAGGAGUAGAGAAUUGAACUGUGAAAAAGAAGCCCGAGAUCACCCAGCGAAAUGGUGUUGCAGCCCCUGUGGAAGAGUCAACUGGCAGGCUGUUAAAGACCUCAAGUCAUUAGCAUCAGCUGCUGCACUAAAGGGCAAGUCAGCGCCUCUAAGUGGCUUAGCGCACAAACGAGGCUCCCGAGACAGCCUCGGCAACUCCAUCUCCUCUUCCUCCACCCGCUAGAUGUGAAAAGCUUUCCGGAGCCCAUCUUGGAAGAGCCUAAAAGACGGCAACACCAAUACCUCUUGACAUGGAAAUACACUGAUACAAUAGGCAAAAAGAAACACUGGAUUGCGCAUCUUCCCGGUUCCAGGUGGCCUUAUUUAGGAGAUUCUAUACUGACCUUAUUCCUGUGAUGGAGGAUACGGGCAUCCAGCGAGGCAUCUGGGAUGGAGAUGCCAAGGCUGUCCAACAAUGUCUGACAGAUAUUUUUACCAGCGUUUACACCACCUGCGACAUCCCUGAGAAUGCUAUAUUUGGUCCCUGUGUCCUGAGCCAUACUUCCCUAUAUGACAGCAUAGCUUUCAUAGCUCUCAAGUCUACUGACAAGAGAACGGUACCUUAUAUCUUUCGGGUAGACACCUCAGCAGCAAAUGGUUCCUCAGAAGGUCUCAUGUGGCUGCGAUUGGUCCAAUCGGCCAGAGAUAAGGAAGAGCAGAACCUUGAAGCCUAUAUAAAAAACGGACAGCUGUUCUACCGCUCUCUCCGCAGGAUUGCCAAAGACGAGGAGUUAUUAGUUUGGUACGGGAAAGAACUGACUGAGUUACUCUUGCUCUGCCCCUCUAGAUCCCACAACAAAAUGAAUGCAGGGUCGUCCCCUUACACAUGCCUGGAAUGCAGCCAACGUUUCCAGUUUGAGUUCCCCUAUGUGGCGCAUCUGCGUUUCCGCUGCCCCAAGAGACUUCACAGCGCUGAUAUAAGUCCCCAAGACGAACAGGGCGGCGGCGUGGGCACCAAGGACCACGGGGGCGGCGGCGGCGGCGGCGGCGGCGGCAAAGACCAACAGCAGCAGCAGCAGCAACAGGAGGCCCCUUUAGGCCCGGGUCCCAAGUUUUGCAAAGCUGGCCCCCUCCACCACUACCCAGCCCCCUCCCCCGAGAGCAGCAACCCACCCGCUGCCGCCGGCGGCAGCAGCGCGAAGCCAUCUACGGACUUCCACAACCUGGCCAGGGAGCUGGAAAACUCCCGGGGAGGCAGCAGCUGCUCCCCAGCACAGAGCCUCAGCAGCGGUAGCAGCAGCGGCGGCGGCGGCCACCAGGAGGCGGAGCUGAGUCCCGACGGCAUCGCCACGGGCGGCAGCAAAGGAAAGAGGAAAUUCCCGGAGGAGACGGCGGAGGGCGGCGGUGGCGCGGGGCUGGUAGGAGGCCGGGGCCGUUUCGCAGAGCGGCCCCUCCCGGCCUCCAAGGAGGAUCUGGUGUGCACACCGCAGCAGUACCGAGCCUCGGGCAGCUAUUUCGGCCUGGAAGAGAACGGCCGCCUCUUCGCACCGCCCAGCCCCGAGACCGGCGAGGCGAAGCGCAGCGCCUUCGUGGAGGUGAAGAAGGCAGCCCGGGUGGCCGGCCUGCAGGAAGAGGGGACCGCAGACGGCGGGGGCGUCGUCGCCGAGGACCAGGACUCUGGCGGCGGCGGCGGCGGCUCCUCCACGCCCGCGGCCCCGUCGCCGGUGGGCGCCGAGAAGCUGCUGGCCCCGCGGCCCGGGGGCCCGCUGCCUAGCCGGCUGGAGGGCGGCAGUCCUGCGAGGGGCAGCGCCUUCACUUCGGUGCCGCAGCUGGGCAGCGCGGGCAGCACGGGCAGUGGCGGCGGCACGGGCGCCGGGGCUGCAGGCGGCGCGGGCGGGGGCCAGGGCGCCCCGUCGGACGAGCGCAAAAGCGCCUUCUCGCAGCCAGCGCGCUCCUUCUCGCAGCUGUCCCCGCUGGUGCUGGGCCAGAAGCUGGGCGCGCUCGAGCCGUGCCAUCCUGCCGACGGCGUGGGCCCCACCAGACUCUACCCAGCCGCCGCGGACCCUCUAGCAGUGAAGCUCCAGGGGGCCGCGGACCUGAAUGGAGGUUGCGGGUCCCUGUCGAGCGGCGGCGGCGGCCUGCCCAAGCAGAGCCCCUUCCUGUACGCCACCGCGUUCUGGCCCAAGAGCUCCGCUGCAGCUGCAGCCGCGGCUGCGGCGGCGGCCGCCGGGCCCUUGCAGCUGCAGCUGCCCUCGGCGCUCACGCUGCUGCCGCCCUCCUUCACCUCGCUGUGUCUGCCCGCGCAGAACUGGUGCGCCAAGUGCAAUGCCUCCUUCCGCAUGACCUCCGACCUGGUGUACCACAUGAGGUCGCACCACAAAAAGGAGUAUGCGAUGGAGCCCUUGGUGAAACGGCGGCGAGAGGAGAAACUCAAGUGCCCCAUCUGCAACGAGUCCUUCAGGGAGCGCCACCACCUCUCCAGGCACAUGACCUCGCAUAAUUGACUCCGAAAGGACCCCAGCUUUCCAUGCGCGCGCACGCAGUCAAGCCACCUGCAGGAAUAAACACGCGAGAACAUCCACCGCCUCCUUGCACCCCAAAAUACUGCACACAGGCACAUACAUCACCCCCACACACUACACACAUCCUCCCCCAGGAACCUCGUUGAGACAUUUACCCGGGACAUACACACACACACACACACACACACACACACACACACACACCAGGAUGGUGGAUUUUUGAUUGGGUGGGUUGUUUGAGGGAGUUUUCUUUUGAAUGCACGCAUUUUCACUUUCCCCAAAACAAAGGUACAUUUUUUAAAAUGUCAUAUAUUGCAACAUAUUGAUGCAUUUGUCAUACGUUUCUACUUAAAUUAUUAAGCACUUACGGUUUAGAUGUAAUAAUUAUAUGUAAGGGCAAAAUUUAUUUUAGAUAUAAAGUAAAGGAGGAGGGUGAGAUGCUUUGCAUUUCUUGAUGAUCGUUUGUGUUCUUACAAAAAUAAACAAAAUGAAUAAAAAGGGGUCGCCAUUCAAUUUGAGUUUCCAGGGGGAAGUGCAUGUAUAAUGAUAUGAUUAUGGACUUCAAUGAAGAAUGUCAUCAAUUAUGUAAAUAUGUAUUUCCUUUUAAUACAAAGUGUAAUUUUGUGCCAGUGAAAUGGAGUCUGAAUAGUUAUGUGUUUCUUUUAUCCCUGGAAAUAUUUAUUAAACUUUAUAGUUUAUCUGAG